UUUCUUGCAAAACAAUAGAGCUUUUUUUAAAAACUUUUGUGAUGAUUGCUAUAUUUUCUCUUGGCCCCUCCACUUUCCAACCUGCGUCGGAGCCCAUCAAUACCGUCCCUUUCUGGAUAGUUUCGGAUAGAAAUGACGUUCUAUUUCUUCACUUUCUAACAACAACUCUCUUCACAGAUUUACAACCUCAAUGUUUGUUUGCAAAUUUUCGCAGGAUUUCAAAGCUAUUCUCGUCAUUCUGGUGGUCAUGCUAUCUCCAGUCGCUCAACCUAUUCAGAGAAGGUGCGUUGGACAAAACAACAGCAAGAAAGAAAGGUCUACUCCUUGCUGUGAUUCGACUGUUGCAAGGCAAAAGAAUAAUGCAAAAUCAUUUUUAUGGUGAAGGUAUUUCAGAAGUUGAAUUCACAAAUAUUUCAUGGCAGACUGGCUUAGAAAUUAUUACUGGGCAUACAGUAAAAGUCAAGAAACUUACGGAGAGCAAUCAGUACUUGAAAGAAAAAAAGGUAAGAUUUCAGAAAUUUGAUGAAAAUCCACCAAUAUUAUUCACUGGUUAGCAUACAAAUUUAGAUCCAGAUGACGAAAAUGUGUUUCCCUUAUCUAAGAACAGCAUAGAAACAGAAGUGAAUCUCUUGGCAGAAAAGUCACAGCGUUUAAAAUUUUGUCUUGUCCGAAGAGGUCCAACAUAUGCAAUAAAGUAAUAUCUCUAAAGCUGAUUUAAAAAACCAAGAAAAUUUCAAAAACCUUAUUACAAAACAUACGAUUCAUACAAGAAAGAGUUGUGUGCCACAGACAGUUGAUCUUUUGAGAUCGUUUUGCAUAUUUGCAGAUUAUGUGUUUGGAAAACAAUUCCAAACUUAAUUUUAACGUUAGAAUGACCUGCCUAGUGAAACUAUUUGUAAGGACGUCAUGGUGGUCAUUCAAAAUACCCUUCGGAGGCAUUUCCUCAACUGCAUUUUUUACUGACGAAAAAUUUGACCAGCCUUAAGGCUAUAUAUGCUGUAGUAUUUUCUACCCUAAGGCUAGCUAUGAUUUCAUAAAAAGAUCUCAUCAGAGUAUUUCUUUGGUUUACCUGAGACCCGCUU